AUGACCGGCUUUGGGUUCCACAGUGACAGGUGGCAUGCAUGGCAUGGCAUGCAGCCUGCCUUGAUUGAGCUACAUGCAUUGCACUGAGUGCAAUGCCCGUGCAUUCAUUCAUUCGCAUGGGUUCCUUCACAAACGUCGCCCCACCCACACGCACACCCCAGCCAGCCAGCCCGACCAAAACACACAGACGGAGGCAUGACAGCAGCCGAUCCCAUCGCAGAAGGGCUCCACUGUGUGUGUGUGUGUGUGUGUGGCGCACCGAUGGGUAUCCAGAUCGGUCUGUGUGUGUCAUUAGGGCGAUGCACUGUCCUCACCGCCACCGCCUCCGUUGCCCUCCUCAGCUGCUGCAUCCUCUCCUGUUAAAGACGCCCACACAGACACGCAGACUGCGAGUCGGUGUGCCUUCCCUCCUGCCGUGCUUUGUACCUCCGCUGCCCUCUCCCCCGUUGCCGUCGUCCAUAUCGUCGCCCUCAUCGCCAUUGCCGUCUGCACCACACACACAGACAAGGGAAGAAACGUCAUCCAUCCAUCCAUCCAGGUACACGCUGCACCAUGUGUGUGUGUCCUUCCCUCUGUCUGUCCGUACCAUCGUCCCCUCCCUGGUGUUGUGGCUGCUGCUGUGGCUGUAGCUGCUGUUGUGGCUGUACGUCAAAGACGAGUGGCGCCACCGCCGCCAGCGCCACGUGGGCCAGCUGUGUCGUCACCGGGAAGCGGUCCUUGAAGGGGGCGUCCUCCCCCACACCAGCCACAGCCGACUCGGUCGUGUGGACCACAAUAUGCACUGCAGACAAGACGAGAGAGACAAAGAGAGCACACUGAUGACAUGUGACUGACCAGCAGAGCUGCCUGUCUGUCAUCCUGACCGUUGAAGGCCCCCAAAUCCCAGAUGUCGACACAGGCGACGAAGUGGUGGCUGUUGUUGGUCAGGACCAGCCAUCGGUCGCCAAUGCGGCGGAAUGUCGUGGUGCAUCCCGCCACCGGUGUGUGGGGCGACUGGGUUAGGAGGUCCUGCAGACGGCUGCCACCAACAUACCUGAACGAACCACACCCACACAGACAAUCAAACACGCAGCCCUCUCGCCACUGCCGCCAUUGGUGUGUCACCUGUUGAGUGCAGUCGAUAGGCGGCUGGUCUGCUCAGUGUUGAUGAAGUGGUUGAGAAUCAUGGCCUUGGCAUACGAUGACACCGACGCCCAGGUGGUGGUCGAGAGGCUCGACACCCAUUGGUUGGUGUCAUCCUCGUAGCAGAUACUGCGGCUUUGUACUGGCGGGUCGUGUGGCUGUCUGUGCUGCUGAUACAGGUGCUUGGCAGGGAAGGGCGGGUUAAUGGCCAGCCGAAAGCCGGGCUCGUCCUUGAUGGCCCGCACCUCGUCGCCACGGCGGAACAGCUGCAGGCGGCUGCCGUCACCGAACUGCACGUGGCGGCCGACCACCAUGAGCUGCGCCAACACACGAGCUACCGAACUAUACGCCUAGACGACACCACACACACACAGACAGACAGAGAGAGGAAAUGAGUGAUUCCUCUCUGUUGGUUCUCUCUCGACCCCCCAUGUCUGUGUGUGUCUUACCGUCUUGCUGACGUGUGUGCGAAUGUCAUCUGCCGUGAGGUUGACGGGCAGAGUGCAGUUGCCACACUGGCUGGCCCACUGCAGCACCUCAGCCACCUCGUCCCACCUCUGCUCCUCCACCAUCCAGAUGGCCGCCAGCAGCAGCUGCGCCCCGACCACCGUCUGUGUGUCGAAGGCCAGCACGGCAGCCAAUCUGGUGCCGUCGGCGAGGCGAAUGCGAUUCAGCGAGCGGUCGAGGCGGCCGCGGAGGGCUUGGGCAGGGAAGUGGUCGUUGCCGAAGAAGCGGGGAGCAUUCCUCAUGCUGCCGAGGUCCUUGACGUCCUCGUGAAGUUCGUCCCUGCCAUCGCGAUGGAUGAAGUCGAGCACUUGGCCGUUGAUGGCGGGCGAGGCCUCAUCGUUGCUCUUGACGGUGCCCGCCGCCGCACCCAUUGCACUCACAGAGGAGCGCCGGCCAUAUACCAAUAACGGCUAGUUGUCAGGCUCCACUCGUAGAUCAGGUAUCUGGUCGCCUUUCAUUUCAGCGCCGCCCGUCGCGCCUUCAUUUCGGCGACUGCAGC